AUGAAUGGAAUGAAAUUAAGCAAGCAUGCAAAGAGUGUAAAGGGGAAGGCGGCGGUGAAUAUCGCUUUGAGUGCUUCUUUUUGGAAUAGGUUAAGUCUUUGCUUGAAGGUGUUUGCCCCUUUAGUCAAGGUGCUUUACCUUGUUGAUGGGGAUAGAAAGCCAUCAAUGGGCUUUGUGUAUGGAGAACUACUUAGAGCCAAAGAGGAGAUUAAAAUGGCAUUCAAAUAUCAAGAAGCUCACUAUCGUCCAAUCCUUGACAUUGUUGAUAGAAAAGCCCGUGAUCGACUUGAUAGUCCAUUGCAUUUAGCGGGCUACCUCUUGAACCCAUAUUACACAUAUGCCAAUCCAAGCAUUGAGAACGAUAAUGUGGUCAUGGAUGGGUUCUUCACUUGUGUUAAGGUAUUCUUUCCCGAUGACAUUCAAACUCAAAGUUUGGUGACAAAUGUAGAAUUGCACAAGUAUUUGAAGAAAGAGGGUGGAUUUGGAAGAACAUUGGCUAAGGAGGGAUGCACACAAAAUGAUGACAAUUAUAAUCCGGUUUUGUGCUGGAAUAUUUAUGGAAACCUUGUACCAAAAUUGCAAAGUAUGGCUAAAGAGAUACUUUCAUUGACCACAAGCUCAUCCGGAUGUCAGAGAAAUUGGAGUGCUUUUGAGGGGAUCCAUACAAAGAAAAGGAAUAGACUAGAUACAACGACGUUAAACAAUUUAGUCUAUGUCCAAUUCAAUGCUAAGAUCAUCAACAAGAAGAGAUGA